AUGGUGCUGAACAUCCUGAACGAGCCGCCGACUAAUGUCCAGCCACGGAAACUUGAGGUGCUUAGUUCAAUUGAGCGCUUCAUGCAUCAGAGUGUGGCUCCUAUUGUGCGGAAAGUUCUGUCAAGCGCGGCUACGGUAUCCCCAGCCGCAGUAACGGCGGGGUCGUCCCCAUCAAUGACAACAAGUGUUGCAACGUAUUCUCCUAGUGCGCCACUCUCUCAAGGCAGCGUUGUGGGGGUGUCUAGCAGCUUCAGACAAGGCUCAGGCAACCAGUAUAUUGGAGCUCGGUGGGCAUCUUCGAACUCGAGCUUCAGCGACAUGGACACUUCACGGCAGCAUUCACGUGGCAUAUUUGCAGAUUUGGAUGCCGGUGACGCUAACGGCCAGAAUCGAGUGAUGGAUGGAUUGACAGCAGUCGGGAACAGUCCGUGCAACGCGACGUACGAUCCUUCGGGUUAUGCGCCAGUGAGAGCGGAAAAUGAUAGCCAGCCCGACAGCUCGAUGAGUCAGAACAUGGUGUAUGAAGCUCCGUCGAUGAGCUUGAAAGAGUCGAGCACCUUAUCUCUGCCCGCGUUAGAGUCUCGCCCGUCAACAAUUCCCGACAGUCACCUUUCCCCUGGUGAUCCAGGCAACACGCGAGAUAGCAACAGCAGCAAGGUGAUGGAUUCGGCCAGCGUCGACGACGAUUUCUCGGACUUUCCCGUGCUGGAGUUUGAAGACCCCGUGGCUGAUGGCAAUAGUUUCGUGAAAGAAAACAACCCGUCCAAUGCCUCGAGAAAGCGCGGAAUCGAAGACGUGUGA